CAACUCCCAAUCCCAAGUCCCGUGAAAAACUGAAAAUGGCUUCUGCGCAAUCCCAUUGCGCUUCCUCCUUGAGUCUCAUACGACGCUCGGAGCCUUCACCUCAUUUGGCCAAGAUUGUGUUGGUAAAAUGCCCUAACAAUUCAUGGCUUGGAACCAAAAUUCUCACCGUGAAACCUCAGCUUUCCGUUUGCAACCGCCGCCCCUUCGCUGCCACCGUCUCCUUCAGUCUCCCCACAGCGAAUCCAUCGCGUGCUGAUUCUCCAGGUGCGGAAAUUCCCAAAUGGUCUUCUAAGGCUAUAAAAUCGUUUGCAAUGGGGGAGUUGGAGGCUAGGAAACUCAAGUAUCCAACUACCGGCACUGAAGCCCUUCUCAUGGGGGUUCUUAUCGAGGGUACUAAUGUAGCUGCUAAAUUCUUGCGUGCCAAUGGAGUUACACUUUUUAAGGUGCGAGAUGAAACCGUGAAGUUACUUGGAAAAGCUGAUAUGUUUUUCUUCAGCCCUGAGCAUCCUCGACUCACUGAUGAAGCUCAGAAGGCCCUUGAUUGGGCUGUUGAUACAAAAUUACAAUCUGUUGAUGGUGGGGAAAUUACUACAGUGCACAUCAUUCUUGGCAUUUGGUCUGAAGUGGAUUCACCUGGUCACAAGAUACUGUCCACCCUUGGCUUUAAUGAUGAAAAAGCUAAAGAGCUAGAGACCUCAAUUUCUAAACCUGGAUUUAAGGAUGAUUGAUGUUUGCUGUAAAUGUAUGAGCAAGAGUUUUGCUUUGAGUGCAUAUUAUUUAUUCGAGCAAUUGUUUGUACAAUUGAUAGAUCAACAGGCUGUCCUGUUCAGCCUGUUGUUUCAACUACACACAUCUGAUUUCCAAAA